AGCGGUUUCGUUAUUCAUAAUAAUGUCCACAUUUAUAAAAAGGAAUCUUAAAAACAAGGGUGCACGAAAGCGCAAACAGUCGACCGAUUCAGAUGAAGCAGAAGAAGCAGAGUCCUCUGUGGUGGUGGCGAGCGACAAGCGGAAGAAGGCCAAUCCGAACAUACAGAGCACUUCGGUUGUGCGACAAAAACAGAACCAUUCAGCUGGCGCGGAUGCUACCAACUCAAGCGAAGAUGAUGAGAGCGUCGUUGUGAGCUACAAGUCCAAGCGUUCCGCCCAGGCAGAAGGACCGCGCGAUCAGGGCGCUACCGCGGAGCUGGAGAUCGAAACCGAGAAAGAUCGGGACGCACAGGCCAUCUACCAGAAGAGCAUCGACAUCAACAAGGAGCAGGAAGGGAAGGAGGACGACAAAGUGUACCGUGGGUUGAACAAUUACACGCAGUUCUUCAAGAAGAAAGACAGUGCCCAGGGCAACGCAGCGUCGGGAAUGGUGCGGAAGGGGCCGAUUCGGGCGCCGGCCAACAUUCGCUCCACCGUGCGCUGGGACUAUCAGCCGGACAUCUGCAAGGACUACAAAGAGACGGGAUACUGUGGGUUUGGCGAUAGUUGCAAGUUUUUGCACGAUCGCAGCGAUUACAAGCACGGCUGGCAGCUGGAACAGGAAGGACCGACGGGCACGGGCAACACCUACGCGGCAGACGAUUCCGAUGGCGAUGACACCAAAUACGAGAUCCAUUCUGACGAAGAAGACUUGCCGUUCAAGUGUUUCAUUUGUCGUGAAAGUUUUGUCGAUCCGAUUAUUACAAAGUGUAAACAUUAUUUCUGCGAGCGUUGCGCUUUGACGCAGUACAAAAAAUCAUCCCGUUGCGCAAUCUGUGGCGUGCAGACGAACGGUGUCUUUAACCCGGCCAAGGAGCUAAUUGCUCGGUUGAAGACUAGAGAGAUGGAAGAGCAGAACUCGGACAGUGAUUAG